UCCAUAAAACCUAUUGUUUGGAAAUUGGAACGGAAUGAUGGAUGCAGUACGUAACACAGUUUCUAAGAGUAAGUAAUAAAGUUAUGACCCUCCUCAAUCUUGUGAAUUAUUAUACACCUCGUAUCCAUGUUAUUAAAUACGAGUCUGGGUUGCACCUAUCAUCAAGAGAGAGUCCAUUUUACAAGACCUUAGUAUGUUUCAUCUUAAAACCAUAUGAUAAUAUAAGGAAGUCGCAUGUGGUUUCAUGGGCCAAAGUGUCUAUUAUCAUUCUCUCUCACACGUAUCCCGUUUACUUGACCCAUAAUAUAAUACAAUAAGGUUUUAUUUGUAGAUCUGACACUAAUACCACCUUAAAUACGGAUUUAGAUGACAACUUGUUAUCUAGAGAGAGUCCACUUUACAUAUCGACAUAUCGUGCGGGAAUGUGUUGAUAACUAAAAUCAAGCCGGCAUGGCCCAUGGGACAUACGUCGUGCUGGUGGGCAACACUAGCCCGCUUGGCCGCAUUCCGGCACGGGCCGUGCCCAUUUCUUGGUCUUCCCUCUAAAAAAACUGAAUAAACCCCCAACUCCCCAAGUCACCAACUACCAGGUCUUUCCCUCUAUUUUCCCUCUUCCCUCCUGCAACUACUCUCCUUACCUUAUCUUUACUCCACCUCCCUCUUCUCCCCCAGAAUUCCAAUUUUCCACUCCAAAUUAACUCCCAAAUUCCCCCAAUUUCAAGAACACUCAACACAAAAUGAAUUCAAAUCAAGCCAUUAUAACCUACCGAGCAAUUCCAGGCCUUGAAACUUGCAAUGUGACUUCUUCACCCAUCGAAAUGGCAGAUUUUAAGCACCCCAAUUUCAAACCCAAAUGUUUCAACAAUGGCUUCGCUUGUAUUUCGAUGGCGGCGGCGACUGCGACUGCGAAGAAGGAGGACAAAGAGUUUGAACCCAGUAUGACCCAGUUGCUGGAACACCCACUGGCUUUGCUCGCGCUUGUUCCCAGAGACGCUGCCCUUUUCGCCGCCGGCGCUCUUGCUGGGGCUGCCGCCAAGACUUUCACUGCCCCGCUUGAUCGAAUUAAGCUUCUCAUGCAGACUCAUGGGGUGCGAGUAGGCCAAGAAAGUGCAAAAAAGGCUAUUGGAUUUUUUGAGGCUAUAACUGUGGUAGGAAAGGAGGACGGCAUUAGAGGGUACUGGAAAGGCAACCUUCCUCAGGUUAUACGGGUCAUACCCUACAGUGCGGUACAACUAUUUGCUUAUGAGAGCUACAAGAAACUUUUUCAAGGAAAAGAUGGGGAACUAUCGGUUUUGGGAAGACUGGCAGCUGGUGCCUGUGCAGGCAUGACAUCAACCCUUGUGACUUAUCCUCUGGAUGUCCUGAGGUUAAGAUUAGCAGUUGAACCAGGGUGCAGAACCAUGUCUCAAGUAGCCUUAAGCAUUCUGAGGGAGGAAGGCAUCGCUGCUUUCUACAAUGGUCUUGGCCCUUCUCUUAUUGGAAUAGCACCUUACAUUGCUGUGAAUUUCUGCAUAUUUGACUUGGUGAAGAAGUCCUUGCCAGAUAAGUACCAAAACAGGCCUGAAACAUCCUUAGUAACAGCUUUGGUGUCAGCUACGCUUGCUACACUUACGUGCUAUCCUUUGGAUACCAUAAGAAGACAAAUGCAGAUGAGGGGUACACCAUACAAUACAGUUCUUGAUGCCUUUACAGGUAUUUUGGAGCGUGAUGGCUGGGUUGGACUAUAUAGAGGCUUUGUCCCAAAUGCUUUGAAAAACUUACCAAACAGCAGUAUUCGGCUUACCACCUUUGAUACAGUCAAAAGUCUAGUUGCUAAAAGCGAGAAAGAGUUUCAGAGAAUUGUGGAGGAUAACCGUAAGGAAGCAAAAGCAAGUUCAGCUGACUGAGUAUUUGCUAGCUUAUACAUGAAAUACCAGUACCCAUUUUUGUAGCCAAUUUUUUUGUAGAAAAGCUUUCUGCCAUUAGUACACUUAAGGCAGUACUAGGGCUGGUCAUGAGCGUAUUUUGCUUGGUUGUUAAUGUAGGUUGGGUAGAAGGUUUCUUCCUUUUUGUAUUGUGUAGGGAAUGUAAUGGGAUAUGCUUUUGUGUAGAAUCCAACAGGAUUGUCAUAGAAAAUGAGUUAAUGUGUAGAAUCCAAUAGGGUUAUCAUAGUAAAUGAGCUUUUCUGUUUUGCAAUUGCAUUUCUGAAAAUUCAGACAACAUUAUUGAUUCAUUCAGUCCAUUGAAAUUGUUGUUUUUGUA